UUUCCAUGACAACGGGCCGGAAGCGUGUUGUCACCCCGGUAACGUCACUGGUAUCAGAAUGCAGACGCUCCGAAAGUUUGUUUGCUAAAAACUCUAACUGCAGCCUCUUAGGUACCACUUCAGCACGACCUUCAUUUAUUUCUUAUUACAUUAUUUUAAUGCGUAAUUUUUGUGCUUUGUUUAGCUGAACAUUGACCUCUAUUUAUUUGAAGUUUUCCUAGCUUAACCUAUGGCAAGCUAGCUUUAGAGCAGGUUUUCUGUCUUCCGACUCGACAAAUGUGACGUUUCUAAACACUUUAUUGUCAAAGCUCUUCAAAGUUCUUCAAUGAGUUCUCAACGGGAGCUAAGUGCACAUUCACCUAGACUGGAGGCCGUGAUUCAGGAGUUGGAGAAGUCCCUGCUUCACUCAGGAGAGAGCAGCUCAGGAGAGACGACUCUGACACUUAGAGGUGAUGGACAGGAGUCUGGUGUCACUCCCAAGUCUGUCUCCAGCCGCAUACGCCAAAUCAUCACCAGCAACCUGACAGAGCAGCCAGCUGGUGAGAGCUGUCAGGUCAGCGAUGUGGAAGAGAGCAGGGCUCUGAGGGAGCAGCUGUGUCCUGGCCACGUGGACUGUGACCAGCCGCUAGCCAAACACAGCAGUCUCACAGACAGGCUUGAUCAGAUGCUGAUGCUGCAGUCAGCAGUAGACUCUGACCAGGACAGUGCAUCACCAAGAUCCCUACAAUUGCAGAGCAAGGAGAGAGCUUAUAUGCAAAAGCUGCAGGUCUACCAGGAGGCCCAACAGAGACAAGCCCAACUUGUUCAGAAGCUGCAGACCAAGGUUCUCCAGUACAAGAAGAGGUGUGGGGAACUAGAAGAGCAGGUGCUGGGGAAGACCUCAGAGUCUGAGAAGAUGAGAUUGUUGCUGCAGGCCCACCUGGACUCAGCGCAGCGUCAGCAGCGGACAGAGCAGGAUCUCAACGUGGAAAUCCAGAAGAAGUCUGCUCAGCUGGAGGAGGAACAGAAGAGGUCUGCCAGCCUCAGUCAGGUCAACUCUAUGCUGCGGGAACAGCUGGAGCAGGUAGGCACCGUCAACCACGGGCUAACGGAGAGCCUGUGGAAGGCUCGCGAAGACGCAGACUUGUGUGAUACCCGUUUGCGCAAAGAGCAAGAGACAUGUGCCUCCCGGCUGAGUCGUGAACAGGCUCGUGUCAGAGCACUGUGGCGCCAAGCCGCUUCCCUGCGGAACACUUUCACCCAGCUAAGGACUUUCACUGACAGGACUCUGUCUGAUAUGCGUGGGGAGUGUGUCGCAGCCAGCCGACAGUUGCAUGUUGCUUGCAUGAACGUAAGGGCCAGAGUAACACAGGAGAGCACUUCUAGUGGUGUGGAGAUGUCAGCACUGGAGAGGCAACUGAAGGACAAGCUGAAAGAAGCUAUGCAGCUUCAGGGUCGCUGGGAUGCAGAAAAAGUUGAACUUAACUCCAGGAUCCUGGAAUUGACUGACACUGUGAAGCACCUCCGCAGCCAGAACAGUGAGAAGGAUGCCAGCCUCAACACCAUGCAAGUCAGCCUGGACAGGAUGGAGACAAGGAGAACAGAGGAUAAAGCAGAGAUGGAGGUCCUCCACAAAGAAAUCCAAGUCCUCCAAAAGAUUUUAUUCCAUGUUCACCAGUUGGUUGGUGGUGAGCUUGAUAGCAGUGGCUCUGAAAGCAUGUCCUCCUCACCUCUUCAUGGCCGGUCUCCUCUGAGGAACACCACCCUGAUGGCUGUGCAGGGUGCUCUCUCCAAGCACCAGAAACAAACACAGGACCUGCGUGGGUGUCUAGAUGCUGUCCUGGAGCAAGUGGACACUCUGCGUGAUCACCUGCAGGAGAGGGACACUGAGAGGAGAGAGCUAGAGCAGAAGAUCCAGGAAGUAAGGAGGGAAAGUCAGGAGGCUAAAAAAGCUCUGGAGGAAAGCCUCAGAGACAGCAACAGAUAUCGCUGCUCACUGGAGCACAUCUCCAGUGAGAAGGGCAGCCUGGAGAAGCUGCUGUCACAGCUGCAGCAGAAGGUGGACUCCCAGCAAACUGAGCUGGAAGUACUGCGAGGCUCAUCCCUGGAGCUCCAGAGACAGCGGGAUCUCCUGAGGCAGCAGAGGGAAGAUCUGGAGAUGCAGCUGGCACGCCAGCGCACGGAGGCCCAAAGAGGAGAGAGGAGUCUGGAGGAGCUUGAAGGGAAGCACUCAGAUCUGCGUAGGGAGCUUGUGACAGUGAAGGAGGCUCUGAGUCAAACCACCCUGCAGAAGGAGGUGUUGGAGGAUGAGAAAGCCAGCCUGGCUUUGGCUCUUAGCAAGAUGGAAUCCCGAAGUGCUGCGCAUGAGUUAGCCCUCAUCAAAUUUCGAAAUCAGGAGGCUGCCCUAAAAGAUUCUCUGGCUAAAAUGGCUGCCUUGAGCGAAGGUUUAGCCAAAGACAAGGUGGAACUCAAUCGUAUUCUGUUGCAGACAGAGGGUGAGAAGGCAGAGCUUGGUGAGCGUAGACGGGACGCUGAAAUGGAGCGUGCAGCAGCCAGGGAUGAGACAGCACAAGUGCAACAAGAGAAGAUGGUCCUGCUUGCUGAGAAACAAGCCCUGGAGAGCUCUCACAGCCACUUGCAGGAUCUCUGCCAGAAGCUCAAAGCAGAGCUGAGCCUGCUGCAGAAGGAGAAAGCUCAGGCUCUGGAGCAGCAGUCCCAGGUCAGCAGGCAGAUGCAGACUAUGUCAGAGGAGCUUUGUGCGUGCAGGAAGGAGCUUGAGACACAGACCACAGCCCUAAAGAGAGCUACCCAUGACAGGGAGGAGCUGGCCAAGGACAAGGCUGCUCUGGAUGUCAAGCUCAACUCUGCUGACCGAAACGCCUGUGGUCUCACGCAGGAGCUGGUUGCACUUAGAGCAGAGAAGGAGUCCCUGGAGACGGCUCUGUUUGAGAGCCAGGAGCUUGUCUCGUCUCUGGAGGCUGAGCGCACCAGGAUGGAGGGGGAGAGGCACAGCUUGCUCCUGGCUAACGAGGCCUUGACGCGUGAUGGUGCUCGGAUGCGUGCAGAUGCAGAACGCCAAUCAGCACAAGCUGCACAAGAGCGGAGUAUGUUGGAGGAGAAGCUGGCCCAUGUUGAGAGGAAUGCCCUGCUGACCCUGAACAACAAAGAGCAAAUUCACAGAGAGCAGCUUGAAGCUGAACGUCUGCAAAAGGACCAGCAGUGUGCAGAGCUGACAGUUCAGCGGGAGCAGGCUGAGGAGCAGCUGCGUAGACAGUGUGAUGAGCUGCGAGCGCACAGCCAGAAGGAGCUACAGCAGGUGCAAGAGGAGCUGGCCAGGCUGCAGCAGGACUACAACCAAAGCCUCCUGCGGGCUGAGAGUGAAAAGCAGCAGAUUUUGUGCCAGAAGGAGGAGGAAAAGGGUGCCCUCAUGGAGAAGCUAGCAGCUCUGCAGCAGGACCUGGCCACAGCAGGCAUGGGGCUUGAGAGCGUGCAGAGGGAGGCACUGAGCAAACAGGAACAGGAUAAGAAUGCAAUGGCCAUUCUUCAGUCUGAGCUGCAGCACUUGCGCACUCAAUUUGAAGAGUCUUUGAACUCCCAUGAAAAUGCCAAGAAGAGUCUAACUGAGCAAGUCAGAGAGUUGAACCAACAGAGAGAACACACACAACAGGAGCUAGAGGUGCUUCAUCGGCAGCUGCAGGAGGCACAGGAUGGACUGAUUAAAGAGCGAAGGAAGCUAAUUGAGGCACACAGAGAGCUCCAGGAGUGUGCCCAAGAUCGGGACAUGCAACGAAAAGAAGCCUUGGACCUGAAACGGCUCUUGGGUGAUGAGACUAGAGAGAAAGAUGCCAUCCAAGCCUCUAACAAAGAGCUUAGAGCUUUGAUCAAAAGAGCAGAGAGUGACAACAGCAGUUUGAGAAGAGCUGUGGAGGAGAAAGAGCAGAAAGUGGCCAUCGUAGAGGAAUGCAGAAGCUCGAUGCACCAGGAAGCAACUGCUCUACGAAGUAGUAUGAGAGAGCUGGAGAAGUCUCGCCUGCAGGCACGCAGAGAGCUGCAGGAGCUGCGCAGACAGGUAAAGGUCCUCGAAGGGGAGAAUGGCCGGCAGAAACAGGAGCUGCGAGAGCUGCAGGCCCGGGUAUGUCAGGAGGAACAGAAGGAGGAGGAGGCACGUCGUGAAGCUUUCACUCUCAAGCAGAGAGUGCUGGAGUGUGAGGCUGGCAGAGAAGCAGCGCUGAAUGAGGUUGCAGGUCUGCAGCGUCGUGUGGUGGAACUGGAGACAGCAGAGCAUCAGAGGCAAGAGCUGCUGCAGGACAGAGAGGCUUAUCAGGAGCAGUGUGACCAGAGGCACAGAGAAACCACCGGCCAGCUGGGGGAGGCACUAGAAGACGCCAGGAUCCAGGUGAAGAACCUCUCUGUGCAGGUUGGCCUUGCUGAAAGCAAAGUUCAGAGCCUAGAAGAGCAGCUGUGCCAGGCUAAUGCCAAACGCACAGACCUGGAGCUCAAGUUGGCAGGCUUGUAUACAGCUCUGCGCUGCUUAGUUGGUACCGGUAAUACAAGGCUUUCAGGCAGACCCAAGUCACACAGAAGGUCUCCUUCACUCUGGGGAAAUCACCUGCAGGUAAAAGAUGAAGAUCUGGAUGUGGACUCAGUGCACACUGCCCUAAGGGAGUUCCAGCAGGAUGUCAGGGACAUGCAAAGAGACAGGGAUGAAGCCAAGGCUCAGGUAGUUAGUCUAAGUCAGCAGGUGACAGAACUCCAGGACAGCCAUGAUAAGUCAGCAGCCCAGCUACUACAACUACAGAAGUCCUUGAAGCAAUCAGAGCAGGGAAAAAGAGAGAUGGCAGAGAGAGCGCAUGAGGCACAUGCAUCCCUUGCCCUGCAGGAAGAAGUAGCACAUCGUAGAGAGAAGGAGAAGAGAAGCCUUGAGGAGGAGAUAGCUCAACUGAGGGCUAGUCUGCAAGCUGCUGAGGCAGAGUCCCGUGCACUGCAAGAUAAGUUGGAGCUCUCGCAGAGUUUAGAAUCCCGUGCAAAUGUAGAACAACGGAAGCUGAAGGAGUCCCUGGACGCAGCUGAGAACAGGGUGGGCCAUCUGGAGCUCUCCCAGCGCACCCUUGAGGGUGAGCUACAGAGGGCCCAGCUAAGGGCAUCAGAGAUGGAUGCAGAGGCAGAGGCACUGCAGGAAAGACUGACACAGCUUAGGAGGAAGCUGGGGGAGAGUGAGGACCGGUGUGCAGCACUGAGGGUCAGCGAGGAGAGGUUAGCCACGUCACUUGCUCGAGCUGAGCAGCACGAGAGCCAGCUAAGAGAACAGAUCCACAAACUGUCAAACAACCUCAGUGACAACAGGACCAGCAGCGAAGCCCUGAAGGAGCAGAUCACACAGCUGCAGAGGGCUCUGACUGUGAGUGAGCAGGACCGAAGGCUGCUGCAGGAGCGUCUGGAUAAAACUCGAGAUGCCCUUUCAGAGAGUAAGAGACUGAACCACAAGCUAACAGAGCAGAACCAGAACCUUCAGCGAGCCCAAGAGGAUUUAGAGCUUAAAGAAUCUGAGCUGGAGAAGUGCAACAGGGCAUUGAAGGAGAGCCUGAAGCAACAGCAGGAAGCUGAACUGCAGACCCAGGGGACCUUCCAACAGCUGCAGCGAGAGAAGGAGGAGCUCCAGGACAAGGUCACCAACCUUCAGAGCACUUUGCAUAAACUGCAGAGUGAGAGAGCAGAGAUGGAGAGGGCGCUAACACGCCUCAGUAAAGACAAGUCAGCACUCAGGAGGACACUGGAAAAGGUGGAGAUGGAGAGGCUGAGGAGGGAGGAGGAGGCAGCGUCUGCAGCCAGAGAGAAGGAGCAGUUGGAGCAGACAGUCCACAGCCUGGAGCAGGAGCUGGCUAAAAAGCAGGAGGAGGUGCAGUAUGUGCAGGACUCUGGAACCCUCUCUAACUUCACUGAAGGCCCAAAUCUCCCAGUUGGAACACACUCACGCACAGCGCCUCCUGGAGGUGACAGCUCGGCAUCACCAGGAGUUGGAUUUGGAGACGGGUCGUCUGAGAGACAGUCAGCUCCAAGCAGAACGAGCCCUGGAGAGCAGGGAGAAGGCCCAUCGCCAGAGGGUCAGAUGUCUGGAAGAACAGUUGCUGACCCUGAAAGAGCAGCUGGAUCAAGAGACAAGGAGACGACAGGCCUAUUUCAAUCAGAUGCUUCAACCUGGUGUGUAGGCAGAGACCCCGCAGUGACGUAUGUAGCACCUCUGGCUUCCUCAUUCACGGCUCCGCUGGCUGCUUCCCAACAACAUUAUGUUACAAGUUAUGUCCACAUUUGGAAGCACACACAAACACACUCCUGAGGCAUUUGCUCCCACCCAUGCACAUGUGCGCAGUGGAUUACUUUAAUCUGCAGGAAAACUCAACAACAACAAACAAUGAGUGUUUUGUUUAUGAGCAAACUAGAUGUGCCAAAUUGUUUUAAGGAUUUCCUCUGGCUCACUUCACUGCGUCUGUUUAUGCUGUGUCAUUUUUUUUUUAGGAAACAAAGUGAUGAAAGGUUUCCUUAGUUGGUGCUGUAUUCUCUUAUGAUUGUUCAUGUUCUCAUUUGUCAUAUUGAUCAUGUACCAAUUUUAUAUGUCAUAAUCACUCUUUGUGUAUCCUAAUGAGAAUAAUUUCCAAAUAUUUACAGUAAUUGUUUGCAGAUUUUCCUGGUGCUGUGAUUUUGUUAGUGUUUCAGAUCAUGUCAUAAAGAUUCUACUGUAUAGUGUAACCAUGUAUUUUGUUAUGGGUUGUAUUUGUCUCAAUCUUUAGUAGUGUGUGUGAUUGUUUUUAAUAAACUGGGUGUAUCAGAGCACAGUUAUACAAUUUGAGAUUUGAUAAUGAUGUUUAUUCUGUUGGCCACACAACUUUGUAAUGGAAAAAAUUUUCUGUGAACUUCUCAGAGGACAGCACUGCCCUUUCAUGGCAUGCAAGUUCUGGCAUUUGGUUCGCACCAUUAAAAGCCUUUGUGGAUUUAGUGUUGUGGGUGAGAGAAUGACCUUCGCUCUCUGUUGCCAGUGCUGUCUUCACUGUUUUCUUUCAAAGAUCGUUGCAGACUCCAAGGUCUGUGGGGAUCAUCAUUCCUUGAGAGUUUUCACCCACAGUAUUUAGCUAAUAUGUGGUCCUCCCUUUGCUAAUUAGAAACCACAGAUAUGUUGUGUUCUCCAUGUGUUUUGUGUUCCCAUCCGCACAUGCAUCUACUGUGUGCGUGUUUUUUUCACUUUUUAUUCCAUUUUAGUUCCAUUCUAACUGUACAGUAUUGCAUUUUCACAACAGUGCACAUGCAUGUCCUCUCACUGUGUAACCUUGCAUGCGUUGGUAACGCUACAUAGUGGGAGUUUCACUGAAAGCGGAAAAUCUUGUCAGAGUUUCUUUAAAGCAGUCCUUUGAUUAUCAUAGAUCCGCCCAGUGGUUAUCCAGUUACCGGCCUCUUUUCAGCUAUUGGCUGGAAGGAGCUAAUUAUGCAAGGUAGUGAAUCCCUGUGGGGGAGGUGGGGCCAAAACUGAAAGAAGUCUUUUGGCAGGCAGAAUAGAGCUUUUAUUGAGGAUAUUUCUAAGCUGACCAUCAGGGACCAAAUCGCUGGAUUGUUAAAAAAAAAAAAAAAAAACACAAAAAAAAAACAUCUUUCAGC